UCUCUCUCCUCUUCUCUCUCUCUUGUUUUUGAUGGGCAUUCCCCUCGUUCAUCCAUGGCCGAUCUCCUCACCUCCCUCCCUCUAAGCGGUAACCUUACCGCCCUCCUCCCUCCCCUCUCCCCAAGCCGCUCAAAGCCCAUCAACAGCUUCCUCCUCCUCCACCUCACUCUCCUCCACUCCCUCUCAUAACCCUAACCUAAACCCUAGCACAAAAAACCAAUGGCCUCCGUAUUCCUCCACCACGUCAUCGGCGAUCUCACGGUCGGCAAGCCCGAGGUGGUCGAGUUCCUCGACUCCGAGACCGUCGAGUCGGCGAUAAGGGCGAUCGGAGAGUGCGCCGAGGGGGCGAUCACUGUGUGGAGGCGGAGCGACGGUGAGGCGAGGCCCAAGGCCGAGAGGUUCGUCGGGAUCUUGAAUUCGUUGGAUGUGGUGGCGUUCAUUGCUAAGGCUGGCGGGGAUCAGGAUAAGGCCAUGAGGACGCCCGUGUCUGAGGUUGUGAUGCCAAAUCAGGGCCUACUGAAGGAGGUCGAUCCCGGGACUAGGUUGAUUGAUGCACUGGAGAUGAUGAAGCAGGGUGUUCGCCGCCUCCUAGUUCGCAAGGGCCUCACCUGGAGGGGUGUCAGCAAGCGCUUCUCCAUCCUUUACAAUGGCAAAUGGCUCAAAAAUUUCAAAGACUCUGCAAAUGCCUCAAAUGCUGCUGGCCAACCAUCUUCAUCCUCAUCUUCUCGCCUUCCCUCUGAUGAAUACAAAUACUGCUGCCUCUCCCGAGAAGACAUCAUCAGAUUCCUCAGCGGCGCUCUCGCUCCUCUCCCUCUCUCCUCCAUCUCCUCACUAGGUGCCAUCACACCUCAUUAUGCGCACAUUGAAGCCUCUGCCCCUGCCAUCAAAGCCAUUCAGAUAAUUCCUCAAGACCCAUGUGCUGUGGCUGUUGUUGAGAUCAACCCCGAUGGAACCCACAAAAUAGUUGGUGAGAUCUCGUCAUUUAAACUCUGGAAGUCUGAUUACUUAUCCGCCGCCUGGGCAAUGGCGAAUCUAUCAGCUGGACAAUUUGUAAUGGGAGCAGAAGACAAUGAUGGCUCCGGACUAGACUUGCUCCCAAAUUUCUCGACCCUUGAAGAAACAGGCACUUCUCCCUCUUCAGCUAGGGCGAAAAAGUUCAGUAGCAGGAGCAUCGGGUUCUUCAGUAACCCUCCUACACCUAAAGCAAGGAGGAAUAUGUACAGGGGGAGGAGCGUGCCUUUGACUUGCAAGGAGUCAAGCUCUUUGGCGGCGGUCAUGGCUCAAUUGUUGUCGCAUCGAGCAACCCAUGUUUGGGUAACGGAGGCGGAUUCAGAGGCGGAUGUGUUGGUUGGUGUUGUGAGCUAUGGUGAUAUAUUGCAUGCGGUGACAAAGCAUCCAUCAGCUCCUUGAUUUGAUGAAGUAGUAAAGACUGGAGGUUGUGGUUUGUUAGUGUAUGAAUAAGUAGCAUGCAAAGGUUUGUUCCUGGAGUUUGCGCCCAUUGUGUUAAAUCUAAAACUCGGUAGCCUCUAAUGUACAUUGGAAUAGAGUUGUAAGCCAGCUAUGAAUUUUGCAGUAGGAUAUUGGAUAAUCAAUAAGCAUUUGUCUCCUGGGUUCA